AUGUAUAUUCGCUGUUUAAUAUUGUGUAUUGCUUUUGUUCUUGCGACUGCGUCGAAAAAACGUUAUGAUGGUAAUAUUCUCGUAUCUGUAACACCAUACGAAGAAAAACAUUUUAAAGUUUUAUCAUUACUUGAAGAUACUGAUGAAAUCAAUAUCUGGAAUGAUAUUCGUCGCAAUAGCUCCGUUCAUGUUAUGUUCAAUAAUGCAACUGCUCCAUGGCUUAUGGGACUCUUUUCAUCAUUAAGUAUGAAACCAAGUAUUAUGCACAAUGAUGUACAAGCAUUAGUCGAUCAAGAAGAAAACGAGAUUCAAUUAAGAGCACGAUCUGGUGCACCACGUGGAAUUCAUGAUGCUUUUCUUAAUUAUGAUGAGGUUACUGCUUGGUUAAAAGAGUUGGUAGGACUUUAUCCACAACUUUGCACACUCAUCUCCAUUGGUAAAACAUAUGAAAAUCGAGAUAUUUGGCUUAUUAAAUGUACUGGUAAUAAUGGAGCAACAAAUAAAAAAAAAGCUUGUCUUGAUUUUGGUAUUCAUGCUCGAGAAUGGAUUUCACCAGCAACAGGUGUUUAUAUAAUCAAUGAACUUGUAUCAAAAUAUGCAGCGGGUGGUCUUUCUAAAGAAUUAUUAGAUACAUGGGAAUUCCAUAUUAUUCCUAUACUCAAUCCUGAUGGUUAUGCUCAUUCACAUGCACGAGAACGUAUGUGGCGUAAAAAUCGAAAAUUAGUAUCUGGUACUUGCUAUGGUGUUGAUCUUAAUCGUAAUUUUGGUUAUCAAUGGAAUACUGGUGGUAGUUCUGCAAGUGCAUGUUCUGAUACAUUUCACGGUGGCUCACCAAUGAGUGAAAAUGAAGCUAAAGCACUUCAAAACUAUAUGACUGGUAAAUCAUGGAAUACUUAUUUAACAUUUCAUUCUUAUGGACAAUGGUGGUUUACCAAUUGGGGAUACACCACAGCUAAUCCACCUCAAUAUGAUGAGCUUAAACAAAAAGCUAACAUUGGUGCCAAUGCUAUUAAAGCUGUCCAUGGACGUGCAUACACAGUCGGUUCAUCAGCACAAAUACUCUAUGUUGCCAGUGGUGGUAGUGAAGACUGGACAAGAGGUGCUUUAAAUAUCUUAUAUUCAUAUUGUAUCGAAUUACCACCAACUGGUGGUACUGGAUUCAUUGCUCCUGUAAGCGAAAUCUUGAAAACAGGUCUUGAAACUUUUGCUGGUGUUGCAGCUUAUCUUAAGGCUCUUCCUUAA